GACGGGGACAGCGACACGUGCCGCCGCGGGGGGACGGAGCGGCGAGAGAUGGCUGUGCCCGGCUGGCAGUCACCCCCAGAAUCGCUGAUGCUGUUUUGUACCAGAGGCAUUGCUGAGGUCCCGUGUGCAGCAAUGGACUUGGAUAAGCCAUCCGUCUGGGGAUCCCUGAAGCAGAGAACAAGGCCGUUCCUGCAAAACUUAAGCGUGAGGAAGACGAAGAAGAGAUCCAGCAAGAUGGUGGUGAGCAAGGUCCGCUCGCUGGACCGGCGCCUCAGCGUGUCGGUGCCUGACAUGCUGGAGGUGGAGACUAUCGCAGAAGAAGAAACGACAUAUUCGAGCACUCAGGUGCUGUCAGGAGACUCCCCCAGCAACCUCCCCAGGCCUGUGGCAUCUCUGAAAAGCAGAAGCGCGUCGGUGAGGCCGGUGGGAGGGGACUGGCCAUGGCUGCGGCAGUCGACUGCGCGCAUGGAGGGGGCCGUGGCCUGCUUGGAUGCACAUGUGGCAGGAGGCCCCACACCUGAGGGGAAGCGGCUGUCCAGUGAUGACCUCCUUGAGCUGCUGCAGAGAGCCCGACUGAGCAAUGACCUGGCGGACGAGAUGAUGGAGGGCUCUUGUGGAGGAAUAGAUUUAGACUCUUCCAUAUCGUCUCAAUUUUUUGAUGAUCAGAUGGCUGUAGAAGAAGGAAGCGAUUGUUUGAACGACUUGCCUAGCCCCUUUGCUUACCUCCUGACCAUCCACCUGAAAGAAGGCCGGAACCUGGUUAUCAGAGAUCGCUGUGGUACAAGUGACCCAUAUGUGAAAUUUAAAUUGAAUGGGAAAACUCUAUACAAAAGUAAGGUAGUCUACAAGAACCUAAACCCAGUUUGGGAUGAGACUGUAGUGCUGCCCGUACAGACCCUCGAUCAAAAACUCUGGAUCAAGGUGUAUGAUCGAGACUUAACCUCUUCUGACUUCAUGGGUUCGGCAUUUGUAGCACUCACUGAACUUGAACUCAAUAGAACUACUGAACAGGUUUUAAAAUUGGAAGAUCCCAACAGUUUAGAAGAUGACAUGGGAGUGAUUGUAUUAAACUUGAGUCUAGCAGUAAAGCAAGGAGACUUCAAGAGAAAUAAUAGAUGGUCAAAUCGGAAGAAACGAUCUUCAUCCAAGUCGAGUUUCAUGCGGAGUAUGCGACUCUCUGACUCUUUGCGCAAGAACCAGUUGUGGAAUGGGCUGGUCACCAUCACGCUCUUGGAAGGGAAGAACAUCCCCGGUGGGGGCUUGACAGAGGUUUUUAUUCUCCUGAAACUGGGAGAUCAAAGAUACAAGAGUAAGACACUGUGUAAGAGUGCAAAUCCUCAGUGGAGGGAACAGUUUGAUUUUCACUACUUCUCUGACAGGAAGGAUAUGUUGGACAUUGAGGUCUGGAGAAAGGAUAACAAAAAGCAUGAGGAGCUUUUGGGAACGUGCAAAGUUGAUGUUACUGCCCUGCCAAUAAAGCAGACAAAUUGCUUAGAGCUGCCUCUGGAAAAACAUCCGGGGUCCCUGCUAAUGCUGAUUGCUGUUGCUCCAUGUACGGGAGUGUCCAUCUCUGAUCUCUGUGUCUGCCCUUUGGGAGACCCCAGUGAAAGGAAGCAGAUUUCACAGCGCUACUGUAUAAAGAACUCCUUUCGGGACAUAAAGGAUGUUGGCUUCUUACAAGUUAAAGUGUUAAAGGCAGUUGACCUGUUGGCAGCAGAUUUUGCAGGUAAAAGUGAUCCUUUCUGUGUAUUGGAGCUGGGAAAUGACAGUCUUCAAACGCACACUGUUUACAAGAACCUCAACCCAGAGUGGAACAAAGUUUUCACAUUCCCUAUUAAAGAUAUUCAUGAUGUUCUGGAAGUGACAGUAUUUGAUGAAGAUGGAGAUAAACCCCCUGAUUUUCUUGGAAAAGUUGCCAUCCCUUUGCUGUCUAUCAGAAACGGUAAACAAAGUUGUUACACGCUGAAGAAUAAAGACUUGGAACGUGCUUCAAAAGGAGUAAUUUACUUGGAGCUGGAUGUCCUAUUUAAUCCUGUAAAAGCAAGUAUUAGAACAUUCAAGCCCCGAGAAAAGCGUUUCACUGAAGAGAACUGCAAAUUUUCUAAGAAGAUCUUAUCGAGAAAUGUUGAUCGUGUGAAAAAAAUCACUAUGGCAAUAUGGAAUACAAUACAAUUCCUUCAGAGCUGCUUUCUCUGGGAGUCCACAGUAAAGAGCAUGAUAGCAUUUGUGGUAUUUGUGGUCACCGUGUGGAGCAUGGAACUGUACAUGGUGCCCCUGGCUCUGCUGGUGCUCUUUGCAUACAACUUCUCCCUCGUCAGAACAGGGAAGGUCAACAACACCCAAGAUGCCCAGGAUCUUAUGGGCUUGGAUGAAGAUGACGAUGAAGAUGAUAAGGAAUCAGAGAAAAAAGGAUUAAUUGAAAGAAUCCACAUGGUCCAAAAGGUCAUCAUAGCUGUUCAAAGCAUCCUAGAAGAAAUCGCAUCAUUUGGAGAGAGGAUUAAAAACACAUUCAACUGGACGGUGCCUUUCCUCUCUGUUCUGGCCUGCCUGGUCCUUGCAGCAGCAACGGUUAUUUUGUACUUUAUACCACUGAGGUACAUUAUUUUAAUCUGGGGCAUAAAUAAAUUUACUAAGAAGCUUAGAAAUCCCUAUGCCAUCGAUAAUAAUGAGCUACUAGAUUUCCUCUCCAGGGUACCAUCUGAUGUUCAAAAGGUGCAGCAUGCUGAAUUGAAACCAUACAGCAGCUCCAGUCCCAUUAGGAAGAAACGGAGUGCGCUAUAGGAUGCAGUGAGAUUUUGGAAUGCAGCAUCUCCCUCCGUACUUCCCACAUGUGCUCACACGCUUCCCCCCUUCUCCUCUUCUUGGUUCGGAACAACACUGUAAUCACUGCACAGACUUUUUUUCAUGGAAGACGUGGCUUUUGAUGAACACCUAUCUUGAGUUGUCUUUAUGGGCUGCCUUUUAGGCACUGAGAUGUAGCCCCAAAAGUGCAGGAUGGGAACAUAUGAAUUAGUUCAUAGGGUGGAGAAGAGUGUGGGAGGGAAUAUUGCCACUGCGUUCCCUCUUUUUUUUUUUUUUUUUGUCUUUGAUGGCAGAGGCAAGGCUGGAUGUGGUAGCACUCCCUGUUUUAUGUAGGAAGAAAUAAUUCUGUUUAGUGUAGCAGAUCAGCUGAGCUGAUGUGAGGAGAUGCUCUGAACCAGUUUUUAACAUAUCCAACAGAUUUACAUUAAGAUAUGAAAGCUAUUCUUUUCUGAGUUAAUUCACUGUGCCUAGAAAGGUUUAAGCUCUGAAUUAACAAGUCUUUGAUAUCCAUCUUCUGUUCAAGCAGUGUACAUUUUAAAAAGUUUUUUAUCAUAAUUAGCAGAAAGAGUGAGGAGCUCCAGUAGUAUCUCAGUAUUUCAUCCAGCACUUGUGGGUUUUUCCUUUUUGUUUUUCCUUUUUUUUUUUUUUUUUUUUCCUCCAAGAAGAAAAGUCAACCCUAAGCUUAACUCUUUGGACACUGGAUUCAUCGGAGAUCCAUUGCUGGCAAUGGAUGCAUGAGAACCUUCUGCCGUGAAAGGAUUAAAAGACCUCAGAAAAGCCUAACUCACUGACCUGAAAAGACUCUGUUGACUUGCCUUUUAUAAUUCCAUCUUAACGGAUAUUUUCAGCAUAGCUCUUGUUUUUCUGUCUAAAUCCAGAGGGGUCAACACUACAGCUACAAGAGAAAAACACUUUUAUAGCCUUAAAGAAACAAGUUCUUGUGCAGAAAAAGUGCAUGGUGCCCGAAGAUGUGGUUGUGCAAUAGUGGGCAGGCUUUGUUCCACCACUAAUUCUCGUUGGAGUCCUUCCUGGUAAUCCACAAGAAAAGGAUCAGAAAGUGAAACUCUACGGGGAAUGAACAAUUGAAGAGACAGGAAAAAGGACAGAGUCUUCUCUUCUGAGGAGAAUGUGAUUUCUUGCUUACUGAUCUUUUAGCUGUUACGUUUUUGCUUUAUAGAAAUGAUAUAAUCAGCAUUAUUCAAAUCGUUUGACUGAGGACACUGUUGCAGAAUGAUGUGUAAACCUGCUCAGUUUUAUUGAUAAUGUAGCCCUUGUUCUUUCAGGUGCUGUAGGACAUGGUGGGAUUGACUUGCCUCCAUGAGUCAUUGGUAGCACGACAGCUGGAGCUUGGUUCUUACUAUUCGCAGGCAGGAGUUUCCACCAGCAUCCUCUGGCGUGGUUCAUAGUACAAAGAAAUAGGGAAUCCUGGGAGACAGGUUACUUUUUAACAAAAUAAGACUUUGGAAGUCUUUACCUAAUUAAAGGUAAAACACGUAAAGCCUUGUUUAUGGAUUGGUGAUCCAAAUGGAGUCACACUGUUCAGUAAUGGAAUCUUGUGGGCCUGUUGCAUGAAUCUGGGGGAGAAGAACUAACACCGGAGUAUCUUCCACUGGAUUAUUAACCAGAUUCAGUGAGUUUUCAAAAAGUUUAUUUUUCAAAGUAACAAGUUCCCCUGUGUCUUUGAAUUAGGAGAGGCAUAUUUUCAUAGACUUGAUUUAGAAUAGAAUAGUUCAGUUGGAAGGGGCCUACAAAGAUAGUCAAGUCUAACUGCCUGACCACUUCAGGGCCUACCAAAAAUUAAAACAUGUUACUGAGGGCAUUAUCCAAAUGCUUCUUGAGCACUGACAGGCAUGGGACAUCAAACACCUCUCUAGGAAGCCUGUUCCAGCAUUUGACUAACCUCAUGGUAAAGAAAAUUUUCCUAAUAUCCAGUCUGAACCUUCCCCGGUGCAGAUUUGUGCCAUUCCCGCUCGUCCUAUCUUUGGCUACCAAGGAGAACAGAUCAGUGCCUCCCUUUGAUAAAGAACGUGUUUUGCUCAUGUAAAGCUGUGUGCAGCUGCAUGUGAAAAGAUAGGGAAAAGAUUAUCCCAGUUUAAAAUGCUACAAAAACACCUCUUUGUGUGUGCGUGUGCUUGUGUACCCAUGCAUGUACAUAGUUGUAUAUAAAGAAGAGUACAUGUAUAAUGUAUUUAUAGGUGAGUGUGUGGGGAAAAAUGGGUGAAUACACAGAUUUUAAAACCUUGAAAAUGUUUAUGAAAAAUACCAAAGAUUCAAAAGCUUAUCUUGUGUCUGUUCUUCUUCAUUUUAUUUCUUUCCCGGCAUGUCUCUCUGGCUGAGCCAGAUCUCUGCAUGAUUUGAUUUACUUCAAGUUAAUGAAGUCAGUUGGAAAGAGCCUUGUAGAAAUUAUAAAAUCUCCAGUAAAUCUCCUUCUUGUACAUACAAUAGAUGUCCAUGGACCCCUUUGGUUAAACCAGUUUCUCAGUCUUCUGUAUAAACAAUGCCUCAUUGUCUCGCUUUAGACUAUCAUUCAGUUUAUCAUCCUGUAGUCUUUGUUAUUUUGUAAGUACCAAAGUCAGACAUAUUUAAGCAGGCAUGUGAGAUCUGAUCAUUGAUCUGAGUGAAAACAUUCAACUGCGGAAACAUUGUUUAUUUAUUCAGAAGUUAAGACUGAUAUUUUAAUAGUGUUAUAUUUUUUUCUAUGGAUUUUUCCACAUUGAACUGAUUUCUGUUCAGCAGAC